AGAUAUUCCCGACGCUGGGGAACUUUCGUCCGAGGGUGGUCGCCGGCGAGGUGGCUUGCGGUUUUGUGGCUUCAAACUACUAGGCAGUCGGUGGAAAAGGAUAUCCGAGUAUGGAUUUCGGCGUCGUGGCGCGGUGGGUUGGUAAGGACGGUAAGUUUGUAUAAAGAGAGGUGGGUGAGCCACGAGAAGGUGUCUUUUUCUUAUCAUCAUCAUCAACAGCCUAUUCUCAUUACCUCACAUCAAGAUCUACAUUCAGAGCCUCACUUUCUCGCUCCUCUAUCUCCAGAAUCAUUUCAGUUUCUUCCACUAUCCCAAACCACAAACAACAUCAUGUCUUCCUCCACAAUGCCUAAGCCUACAACCCUGGUCCUUGGCUCUACCGGCGGUUGCGCCCUCGCCUUCCUCGUCCGCGCCCUCAACGCCGGCUACGACUGUAGCGUUUUGGUCCGCACCCCCUCCAAGCUCAUGGCCCUCCUGGACUCCAAAGGCGUCACCUCCACCACCAUCACCCGCCACCUCACCGUGCACACCGGCAACUCCAAAGACGCCGCCACCAUCGCGCCCGCCCUCCUCAUCCGCAACCGCCCCGUCGACCUGAUCCUCUCCUCUGUCGGCGCCGCCCCAAAAUUCAGUCGCUUCGGGGUACCAUCUAUCGACGACCCGGUCGUCUGCUCCACCAGCAUGGCGGCCCUCAUCUCCGCCGUCCGCACGCUGAGGGCGCCUACGAAGCCGAUCGUUGUUGGUAUCUCGUCGACGGGGAUUAGUAACUUUGGGCGCGACAUCCCGGUGGCGAUGGUGCCGCUGUACCAUUGGUUGUUGGCGGUGCCGCAUAAGGAUAAGAAGGAGAUGGAGGUUGCGAUGUCUGAUGAUGUGAAUUCGGCGUCUCCGGCUUUCGGUGGGUUUAUCGGGAUCAGGCCCAGCUUGUUGACGAGUGGUGCUGCGAAGGGUGUGGCGGCGUUGAAGGUUGGGGUUGAGAGGGCUAAGGGGUUCGAGAGUAUGGCGAUUGGGUAUACGAUCUCGAGGGAGGAUGUGGGGAAUUGGAUUUUUGAGGAGGUCUUGAAGGGGAAUAAGGGGAAGGUGGGGAGGUACGAGAAUUCCUUUGUUACUCUCACCUACUGAGGGGUUUGGAAAGGGGCGCGGGGUUGUAUUAUUGGCGCUGUUUUAUUGUUUUUCGGUUUAAGCGUAUAGAUUCAUUUUCCUACAAGCUUGUUAUUGCGCAGUCAUUAUUAUCAAUUCCAUAAAAAUUCCCAACAAGAACUUUACAACUUUGAGAGAAUCACAAGCUACAGAGAC